CGACCUGCGCGGGGCUAGGCGGGCGGCGAGCCAGGGCCGCGGGGGCGGCGGCCACGCUCCGGCCGGGCUCGCUGCUGCCCUCGGCCCCGCGCCCGGGCCCCGCGCCGCCAUGGGCAAGAAGCACAAGAAGCACAAGACCGAGUGGCGCUCGUCCUACGAGGAUUACACAGACAAGCCUCUGGAGAAGCCCCUGAAGCUGGUUCUCAAAGUCGGAGGAAGUGAAGUGACUGAGCUCUCGGGGUCUGGGCACGAUUCCAGUUAUUAUGAUGACAGGUCGGACCACGAGCGAGAGCGGCACAAAGAGAAGAAGAAGAAGAAGAAAAAGAAAUCAGAGAAGGAGAAGCACCUGGACGACGAAGAAAGAAGGAAAAGAAAGGAAGAGAAGAAGCGGAAGCGGGAAAAGGAGCAUGGCGACACGGAGGGAGAGACCGAUGACUUUGAUCCUGGGAAGAAGGUGGAGGUGGAGCCGCCCCCCGAUAGGCCUGUUCGAGCGUGCCGAACACAGCCAGCUGAGAAUGAGAGCACGCCUAUUCAGCAACUAUUAGAGCAUUUUCUUCGCCAGCUCCAGAGAAAAGAUCCUCAUGGGUUUUUUGCUUUUCCUGUCACGGAUGCAAUUGCUCCAGGAUACUCAAUGAUAAUAAAACAUCCCAUGGAUUUUGGCACAAUGAAAGACAAGAUUGUAGCCAACGAAUACAAGUCAGUCACGGAAUUUAAGGCAGAUUUUAAACUGAUGUGUGAUAACGCCAUGACCUACAACAGACCAGACACUGUGUAUUACAAGUUAGCCAAGAAGAUCCUUCAUGCAGGCUUUAAGAUGAUGAGCAAAGCAGCUCUUCUGGGCAAUGAAGAUACAGCUGUCGAGGAACCUGUCCCCGAAGUGGCACCUGUACAAGUAGAAACUGCCAAGAAAUCCAAAAGGCCGAGUAGAGAAGUUAUCAGCUGCAUGUUUGAGCCGGAAGGAAAUGCUUGCAGCCUGACUGACAGCACGGCGGAGGAGCACGUGCUGGCCUUGGUGGAGCACGCAGCUGACGAGGCUCGGGACAGGAUCAACCGGCUCCUCCCAGGGGCAAGGUAGCGUCAGGAGAUGGGUUAUCUGAGGAAGAAUGGGGACGGCAGCCUCCUCUACAGUGUGGUCAACACGGCUGAGCCGGACGCUGAUGAGGAGGAGACCCACCCAGUGGACCUAAGCUCGCUCUCCAGCAAGCUGCUGCCCGGCUUCACCACGCUGGGCUUCAAAGACGAGAGAAGGGGCAAAGUGACAUUUCUCUCCAGUGCCACUACUGCACUUUCCAUGCACAACAAUUCAGUAUUUGGCGACUUGAAAUCGGACGAAACGGAACUGCUUUAUUCUGCCUACGGGGAUGAGACGGGUGUGCAGUGCGCGCUGAGCCUGCAGGAAUUUGUGAAGGAUGCUGGGAGCUAUAGCAAGAAAAUGGUGGAUGACCUCCUGGACCAGAUCACUGGUGGGGACCACUCACGAAUGCUCUUCCAGCUGAGGCAGAGGAGAAAUGUUCCAGUGAAGCCUCCAGACGAAGUGAAGGCUGGGGACUCGCUGGGCGACGGCAGCUCCGUUCUGGACUUCAUGGCGAUGAAGUCCUACUCUGACGCCUCUCUGGACAUCUCCAUGCUUGGCUCUCUGGGGAAAGUGAAGAAGGAGCUGGAUGCUGACGACGGCCACCUGAACUUGGAUGAGACAGCAAAGCUCCUGCAGGACCUGCACGAGGCACAGGCAGAGCGUGGGGGCUCCCGGCCAUCCUCCAACCUCAGCUCCCUGUCCAACACCUCCCCCUCUGACAGGGACCAGCACCACCUGGGAAGCCCUUCUCGCCUCAGUGUUGGGGAGCAGCCAGAGGUGACCCAUGACCCGUACGAGUUUCUGCAGUCUCCGGAACCUGCAGCCUCUACGAAGAGCUAGCCUUGUAGAUAGUCUUCCAUUAUUUUUUAAUUUUUUUUAUUUGCAUGUACAGAGUUUUUGUCCUGAGACAAAGACUUCCAUUUUGUCCCCUUUGGCUCGCGGGAAGCAGCCCUGGGGAGGUGGUGAGUUGUCUCUAGUACCAUGUCGGCUACGCACGGAUCCAGUGUUUGUGUGCAUAGCCCCAGCCCAUGAACUCUGAAGAGUGGGCAGCACACAGAAGGGUGUGCAGCCACAUGGGGUUGAGCCGGUGUCCGUGUCUGAGCUUUGAGCAGAAUGUAAAGCCUGUCCGUGCGCUGGCCUGUGCUCCCUGGGAUGCGGACCUGCCCACAGCGGGACUCCUACGUGCUCUCUGCCCUGCCCACCCCCUGCGCCCCCGCGUCUCCGAGGCAGGUCCUGGGGGCCCGCACCUUCCCGGCCUGGGACUGGCCCUGUGCUCCUCCUCCUGUGCCGGGCGAGGCCUGCCUUCUGCUGGAAGACCACACUGCCUCCUGGUCACGGCCACGUGCUGUGUCCAUAGACCUUUUUUAUUCUGGAUGUGUUUACUGGAUGCCUGUUUACAUUUACAAAACAGAGAUCUCAAUAAAAUACAGAGUGAUUGCGUAUAAUUA